AUGGGUUUCCGCCGUUCGUCGUUACGAUUGCCCCAAAACGGACACCCAGCCCAGAUCUGGGACGCGAUCGAACCGAACACGGCUCAACACUAUGAACUGAUGGAGUCGAGUCACAUCCCCUCGAGAUCGCGGUUCGGUUGCGCAACCUGUCGCCGCAAGCAUCGCAAAUGUGACGAGCAGCGGCCCGUCUGCAACCCAUGCAAAGUCCGGGGUUUGGAGUGCGGCUACCAGGUAACCCUGAAAUGGGCAGACUCUCAGAGCAUCAACACCUUCGACGCCUCACUUCGCCAGAAGAACAAACGAACAAAGCGAGCCUCCUGCAGCUCUGGCCCAUCCGUACCAGCGACACCUGUGGUCGCAUCACCACACCCGUCUCACGAUGACAACAGGAGCGAUGCGCUGCCGUCCUUGCGGGAGACCGCCGGGCCCUCAGCCCAUAACUAUGAUACUGUGAUAGACUUCGCCAACUCUGGAGAUGGACUUGGAGCGGCGACGACAUCCCCUGCAGAGAUCGAACGGACACCGAACGUGUGGCCGGAAUCCGGCGUAUCUCCACUUGACGAAAUCCGAUGGCUAGAACUUCGUAGCCUUGACCGUCAAGAUGAUGAUCAAGGGCAUGGCAGUCUUCAACAUGAUGGGUAUAGCAGUCAUCGGAGAGAGACCUUCCACGACGAGCAGAGAAAGUUCAGCGACUUUCAGAGUGCACUGUCACCACAGAACACUCGACAUGUACAGCAGGUUCAGAGUGCCUUGAGCCCAGCAGAUUCGGAGCCUUGGGUAAUCAACAACAUCAUGAGCACCGUCCUUUCACAGCUGUUUGAAGACCCCGGAGAUGAGAUUGCCUUUCACUAUUGUAAGCACCCUCCUCAGGCAAUCUGGCGUUCCUCUGCAUCCACCACUGACACUCCUGACUGCGUAGAUUUCAAGCGAGUAUGCAGUUGCAUACCGGCGUACGACAGUCCCCAGAACCCGUAUAGAAAGUUGGCUCUCGUGUCUCUCUCUUACCCCGUUAUCCUCCACGGCAUCAUAUCCGUAUCUACGAGCCACAUGCACAACUACGGGCGCAGCAGCGAAGCCUUGGUUUCUUCGAGGCAAGCCCGUGCUUUAAAGUCAUUGCGAUCCGCGCUAGGCUUUCUUGUCGGCAACAAGAGCCAUGGCGACGCUGUUGACGAUGAGCUGAGGCCCUUCGUAGACGGAGGCGGGAUCUUCUCUGUCCUCUCGGCCAGGCUGAUUGCCCUGGCCGCAGUCAUGAUGCAGACUUCAUCAUGUUUGAUGAGCGGAAUCGGCAACGUCGAGGUCCACAUGAAGUGUGCACUCGAGUUUAUGCGAGACCUCGGUUAUCUCUGGCGGCCGGCAACCCCGGUGUUCGGGAGGUUGCUUGUCCAGCGCUUCGCCAUGGUUGAUGUGGUUCUCGCGCAUCUCCGCUUCCGCCGUCCUCUCGCGCCAUUAGACUUCUUCAUGUACAACGACCACGAACAGGUUGAUCACGAGGAGCCUUCGUUCCGAGAGAUGCAGGGUUGCCCACAACGAGUGCUGGGCUUCCUGGCGCAGAUCGCUUGGCUUAGCGCGGAGCUCACGGAGACCGUGACUAAUAUCGAAUCCCGACACGCUGAGAUACAGUCCAGAGCCUAUGGGCUUGAAACGGAGAUGCGGGUCUGGGGUCACAAGUACUACGAUGCAGUGGUCCGAGGUUCCAGUGCGGCUUCGGCGCAUACUGACCUGAGCGUGAGCAAGCCCGCCUCGGGCAAGGAAAUAAGCAACCCAAGGGAAGCACUCGAUGUCGUCAGCGAGUGUUUCUACUGGACGGCACACGUCUUAUUGCUCCGGCGAGUUUUCUUGGACCCAACAAAAUCCGGACGCGUGCAGCUGAUCCGGAGGCACGUCUUCCGCCUCAUCAACAGUCUCGAGGUCGGUUGCGGUCCAGACUCUUCUCUGCCGUUCCCUUUCUAUAUGGCGGCUCGAGAAGCCGUAACCCUCGAGGACCGCGACUGGGUCCGGCAAAAGCACAUCGCGAUGAUGGAGACUCAUCGUGACUGCUCCCGGGAAUACAUGAUGGCUUCGACAGAGAAGAUUUGGGAAAAGGCGGUGGCAUCUGACAGCGGGGCCUCGGAUAGCAUGCCCUGGUCAGAAACUUCUUACGAAGGUUUCAUUAGGAAGAUCGACCGCGAGGCCUCCUACUUUAUGUUCUGA